AUGGACAGAAUCACGGACAAGCUAGCGGCUCUGCCAGAGAACGCAGAGUACUUCUCUCUGGAGUUCUUCCCUCCCAAGACGCAAAUGGGAUUCUCCAACCUGCGUGUCCGUCUGCAGCGAAUGGAGAGAGCUCUGCGGCCGCUCUUUGUCAACGUCACCUGGGGAGCCGGCGGCUCAACAGCGCAAAAGUCGCUUGAGCUUGCCGAGCUGUGCCAGCGGGAGCUGGGACUCACCACUUGCCUCCACCUGACAUGCACCAACAUGAGCCAGGCCCUGAUUGACCAGGCGCUGGACGACGCGAGAGCGCUGGGCAUCCGCAACAUCCUGGCCUUGAGAGGCGACCCGCCCCGCGCCGAGUACCGAGACGCCGACGAGCCGACUGGAGCUGCCUCUGAGGAGUUUACAUGGGCCAUCGACCUUGUCAAGUAUAUCCGCAAGAAGUAUGGCAGCUACUUUUGCAUCGGAGUCGCCGCCUACCCGGAGGGGCACGGCGACGGGAGCCACCCCGAAGGCCAGAGCUUUGAACACGACCUGCCGUACCUUGUCGACAAAGUCCAGGCUGGGGCAGACUUUAUAAUGACCCAGCUCUUCUUUGAAAUUGAGGCCUACGAAAAGUUUGAAACGAGGCUGAGAACCCACCCCAGUGGCGCCUUUAAGACGAUACCGAUCCUGCCCGGCCUGAUGCCGAUCCAGAGCUAUGCGAUGAUCAAGAGGACGACAAAGCUGAGCCAUGCAAAGAUGCCGGACGAAAUCAUGGCCCGCCUCAACGCCGUCAAGGGAGAUGAUGAAAAGGUCAAAAUGGUCGGAGUGGAUAUUCUCAGCGAGUUGGUGGAGCAGAUCAGGGAGAUCAAAAGCAGGACCCCCGGCCCCAAGGGCUUCCAUUUCUACACGCUCAACCUGGAGAAAUCUGUUUCCUUCAUCCUUGAGAGGACCAAGCUGAUUCCUGACACUACCGAGGAGGAGGAGGAAGCUGUCGUCGAUGAAUCUGCGGUGGCGGCGGCAGCGCAGCGUGUGAUACCCAAGAUCAGCGUCAAUGGCAACGUCCCUCCUCGCGCGCCCAGUCACACGCGCACGGCCAGGAGACAGUCUUCUGUCGGGUCCGAUCCGCACAACCGAGUCAUUGUCGGCAGAGCUGCCACGCACCCCGAAUGGGAAGCGUCAAGCACAGAGGCCGGCAUUCCUGCCGGAAGCGUCAACACUCGUGCAAACACGUUGGCCAUUUCGGAGGGUGAAGGGGCUCUUGGCCGUGAAGCAACGUGGGACGACUUCCCCAACGGCCGCUUUGGUGACGCCCGCUCGCCUGCGUACGGAGAGAUUGACGGAUAUGGCGUCAGCCUUCACAUGUCUGUCACACAGGCGGUCAGACUUUGGGGAUAUCCCAAGGUGGCCAGCGACAUCAAUGACAUCUUCGUGCGACACAUCAGAGGCGAGAUAUCCGCCAUUCCUUGGAGCGAAGAAGACCUGCUUCCCGAGUCCUCCAUCAUCAAGACCCAGCUCGAGGCUCUGAACAGAAAGGGCUGGUGGACUGUUGCUUCUCAGCCCGCUGUCAACGGCUUGCCCUCGUCAGAUCCCACGUUCGGCUGGGGACCCGCUUCCGGAUUCGUGUUCCAGAAGUCCUUUGUAGAGUUCUUCCUGCCAUCCGCGGACUGGAAGAAACUCUACGACAAGCUCACCUCUGCCGAGGUCGAGGAGGUGGUGUGCUUCUACGCCAGCAACGCCAAGGGCGACUUCGUCUCCUCCGAUUCCACCGGCGGCUCGGGGCGAGUUGGCGCCAGCGCGAGCACCAACGCCGUGACGUGGGGAGUCUUCCCCGGCAAGGAGAUUGUCACGCCGACCAUUAUCGAGGAGGUCAGUUUCCGCGCCUGGAGCGAGGAGGCGUUUGGCAUCUGGGCUGAGUGGGCCAAGGUGUACGGCCGGGGAUCGGACAGCCAGAAGCUGCUGGAUGGAAUCCGCGAGGACUACUGGCUCGUCAACAUCAUUCACCAUGACUAUGUGGACACGGAUGCUCUGUGGAGGUUGUUGAUUGACUGA